AUGGGCGAAAAACACCAGUCAAAAAUCUCGAGGUUUAAGAGACUUCUCAGGCGUGAUGCAUCGCCGCUGCCUCCAUCAUCUGGACCGCGCGUAGAUCAGGAGAUCCCGGACGCCAGAGCAGCGGAACCUGAAACUUCGAAAAAGGCAAUAAUAGCAGAGGAGCAAUCUUUAGGCCAAGGAGACGCGCACGGCUCGAAACCACAUAUGAGCAGCACAACAAGGGCCGAACCAACAGAGCAGCAAUGCACAAGCCCUUCAAAAUCCCAGGACUUAUGGAACGCUGCUUACGAAAGCCUCGCGGAGGAUAAGGAUACUGUAAAACUUGUCAGGGCGUAUGCAACGAUCUUGGCGACAGUCCUCAAGACUACGCUUUCCGAAGAUGAAGUUUUGACACAUCUCAAUGAUCGAACUAAACGACAGGAUUUUAUGAGGAAGCUGGUGGAAGAGGGCCAAGCGAGGCUCUCAGUCUCCACGACGUCAAAUGUUUUGAACGGAGUGGGUGCUGUUGCGGAAUUCAUCGAUUCUGUAAAGGGACUCGUCGAUGCCGCUGUCGGGAAUAUCCCUCAGGCCGCGCUUCCAUGGGCUGGUGUUUGUAUCGGAUUACAGAAUGGAGUGGUAGUGCUCCCUGACCGAAUGCUUAUGGAGAAAGAUGACGUCGAUGAGUCUGGGUUGAUCCUGUCUCAACUGGAAAGGGAGAUUCUUUCUCUUUACAAGGCUCUCCUCCAGUAUCAAAUGAAGAGCAUAUGCUCUUACUACCGUCAUCAAGGCCUUCAGUUCCUCCGAGAGCUUGCGAAUUUGAAUAGUUGGGAAAACGAUUACAAGGCUAUAAGGGACGCGGAAGGUGUCAUUCGUCAUGAUUUAGAUCAGUACAUCAAGGUCCAGGGGAAGACUAUGCUGGAGGAACUCCUUGGACGUGCCAAAGGAAUGGUCGAGCUACUUGGGGAUCUUCGUCAGACACUUCAAGACAUCGUCAUUUAUCAGAAGAGCAACUUGGAUGAGAGGAACAAACAGUGCCUUAGGGAUCUCUUCGUGGUAGAUCCACAAGAUGACAUGAAGAAGAUUGAGAAAAACAAAGAUACGUUACUCAGUGAGGCAAACAACUGGAUAUUCCAAAUGGAGGAAUACCAGGCAUUCACGAAUUGGAAUAACACCGGAUCUAUGCUACCAUCAUGCCGAUUAUUGUGGAUUAAAGGCCAUGCCGGCACUGGGAAAACAAUGCUUCUAAUGGGUAUCAUUCGCGAGCUCUUAAGCCACUCGGCGGCAUUUGCACCUAAAGUUUCUCACUUUUUCUGUCAAGGCACAGUUAAGGCCUUAGAUACCGGUAAAGCCACUUUGAGAUGUUUAAUUUGGAUGCUCCUUAUACAGCAGCCACAUUUAAUCUCUCAUUUGAAAGCAAAGUACGAUAAUGCAGGUGCUUCUCUUUUUGAAGGCGACUGUGUAUUUAUUUCUCUAAAUGAUGCGUUUGAGAAUAUGUUGAAGAAUCCUGAGUUAUCUCCUGUGUAUCUCGUGGUUGAUGCACUUGACGAGUGUGAGCAGGACCUGGGCGAUCUUAAGAGACUUAUUUUCACUUCCCUUACAUCUCCCAUAAAGGUUCCAGAAACAGAAGGCUCGUUGGUCGAGCUCGAUUCCCAGAAGUUGCAAAAACCAGUCAAUGCGUUUAUUGACCAUAAAAUCUCCUUACUCAAAGGCAGACCAGGAUACACUGAUGAAAUAUUGGAACAAGCCAGGAACGAAGUCAGCCAGCGAGGUGAAAAUACCUUUCUUUGGGUGGCUUUGGCAUUCAAGGAAUUGGACAAAGAAGACGGAAACCAUAUUGUGGUGGAUGGAAUGUAUGCUCUCGACAUCAUCAAGGAAAUCCCUUCCGGCCUGUCGAAAUUAUACGACUAUAUGAUGGGCAAGAUUGAAAAGGUAUUGAGACAAGACCGCGAAUACCGCAGAAAUGUACUGGUGGCUGCUCUUCUUGCAUUUCGUCCUUUAACCCUUUCCGAAGUCGGAGUGCUCGCCCAGUUGCCAAACCAAACCCCAGCGACUAUUGUUCGAAAGUGCGGUUCAUUUCUAACAGUUCAGAACGAAACGGUGUACUUGAUCCACCAGUCAGCCAAAGAUUAUCUGCAGGAAAAUUACAAAUCUAAGCUCUGGAAAUCUAAGGAUCAGCCAGCUGAGAUGUCGCAAGGGCAUGAGGACAUGGCAAUGUAUUCGAUCAGAGCAAUGUCUUCGGGGCUCAGACAAAACAUGUACAACCUCGAUUACGGCUUCAAACCGGAUGAUAUGAGACCUCCGCAGCCGGAUCCUCUGGCUCCGCUACAAUACUCCUGCGUCUUUUGGGCUGAUCACCUUACUGCAGCAAUUGGGGAGAACUUUGAUCACGAGGGAGUUCUUGCGGAUGAUGGAGAAGUAUUAAAGUUUCUGAGGGAGAAAUUUCUUCACUGGCUAGAAGGCCUAUCUCUCGUGGGAAACCUUCUGGGGGGUGUAGAUGCAAUAAGGAAGCUUCUGUCUAUUGCCCAGGUAGGUGCAAAAUUACAAUCUACUGAUCACUUCCAGAAAUCGAACCUAAAUUCCCAGCUCACUCGGUUCCUGGAAGAUGCCGAGAGAUUUAUCCAAAGCCAUGGAUCAAUUAUAGAACGAGCUCCGCUACAAGCAUAUGGCUCCGCACUGGUAUUCAGUCCAACGACAAGCGAGGUCAAGGCCGCGCAAUGGAAGCAUAGGUUACCGUUUAUCAAAAUGCUGGCAGGGGUUAAAAUCCAAUGGGAUUCACACCGACAGACCCUCGAUGCAGGUGACAUGGUCAACUUGGUGGCCUUCUCGCCCAAUGGCAGGGUGCUUGCCUCCACGUUGGGUCGUAAUGUUGAAUUCUGGGAGGCAUCCACGGGAAGCCAUCAACGGACACUAGAGGGACACCAUUCAAAGGUAAGGUCUAUAGCAUUCUCAUCUGACGGCAAGAUAUUUGCCUCGUCAUCUGAUGACAAUACUAUUCGACUUUGGGAAGCGUCUACUGGAAGCCAUAAACGGACACUAGUCGGACACUAUGGAAAUGUCGAGUCUAUAGCCCUCUCACCUGACGACACGAUAUUGGCCUCAUCGUCACUUGACAGUACUGUUCGACUCUGGGAUAUUGCUUUAGGGAGCUGUCGGCAAACAAUCGAGGAACGUGAUGCUGGUAUUGGAGACAAAUCUGUAGCCUUCUCACCUGACGGCAGGAUCUUAGCCUCAGUAUCACGCAAUGGGAUCAUUCGGCUAUGGGACGUGGCUCUUGGGAAGUACCAACAAAAAGUCGAUGAAUUAAACUCGGUCCACCGUGUAAUCUUUUCACCUGAUGGUAAUACUCUAGCCGUAUUAGGGGUCGAUCACUCCAUUCAGCUCUGGGAUACAAGUUCAUGGAGAAAGCUGAAAACGCUUGACAUCAAUGAUCGCCAAAGCUCUUCCUUGGCUUUCUCGCCUAAUGGUAAGAUGCUAGCUUUCAUGGGGCCUCAAAAUAGUAUCCUACUCUGGGAUAUGGAUACAGAUAGCAUCUGGGACACACUCGUGGGACACCACGGCAUAAUCACGAGUCUCGCUUUUUCGCCUGAUGGUAUGACACUAGCCUCUGCCUCAUGGGACAGGACUAUUAAGCUCUGGGAUACAAGUUUAGGGAAACGCCAUGGUACGGUUGAAGAGCAUAACAUGUGGCAUUCCGGGGCAUCGAUUUGCACAACAUUUUCUCCCGACGGCGAGAUAAUUGUGUCGGCUUCGCGCAGUGGUUUCCAGGUUUGGGAUACAGCUAGGGGGGGCUCUGCUGUAGCGUUCUCGCCGGACAGCAAGACGCUGGCCACGGCGUCACGAGACGAGGUUAUCUCGUGCUGGCUGUGGGAUGUGACUACGGGCAGCACCCUGUGGACCUUGGAUAGAGACUGGGGGACGAAUAUUAAGAUUCGCUCUGUGGCAUUUUCGCCGGACGGCAAGACGCUAGCAUCUGCGUUGGAUGAUUGCAUCGACCUCUGGGAUGCGGCCACGGGGAUUCAUCAGCAGGGGUUGAGUCUCGAGGGCCAAAUCCCGGACUUCGAACUUCUGGACUUCGAACUUCUGGACUUCUCACUUCUGGCCUUCUCGCCCGACGGCAAGACUCUAGCAUCUGCGUCGUCCGGGUCCAGGUACGGCGACAUCUGGCUCUGGCACGAUGGUGCUGGGCGCUGGAGCAACCCAAAGAAGCUGAUCAACGACCACGCUUUUUGUUUGAGCUUCUCGCCUGACGGCGCCCACCUGCUGGUCAACCAUCGACCGGUUCGGCUGCUGUCUACAUCAGCCUCUCUCGAAGAGCGUUUUGAUGAGGAUCCCGCCGAAUCACUUCUGUACUUCGAGCAAGAGUGGAUAAUGUUGAAUGGCAAAGAGAUUCUUUGGCUUCCUGCCGACUACAGACCUUAUCCAAGGUAUAGUGUCAUAGUACAUGGUAACAAGAUGGCCUGGAUAAAUCAAGCUGGGAGCCAAAUGUUCUUCCAAGUCACAUUUGCAGAAGGAAUGCCACAGCAAACCGAAUAA